AUGGCUGAAAUAAAACUGAUUGGAAAAGAGGAUUUAAAAUGUUUCUAAAAGCAUAAUUUUCCCAUAUGUUCAAUAAAUUUAGGAAAAGAUGUUAAAAUGAAUGAGAGGCUAUUAUGUAACGAAUGCCUGCUCAAUUUUAUAUAAGAAAAUAAUAUAAUAUAAGGUUUCAAUAUCAUUCAAUCAAAAAUUGAAAAUAAUAUCUAAGAGUAUAGACAUAAGCAAAUCUCCUUUAUAGCUUAGAAAAAAUAACAAUUAGUAAGUUUAAAGAAUAACUUUAUUGCAUGGAAAUCAACCAUUAAUUAAUAAAUUGAUUAAAUUCUAGGAUAUAUAAAUUUAUGGAUUGAUAACAUAAUUUCUAAAAACAUAAUAAAAGAUAAAUAUGUAAUAAUGGAGGAAUUAGAAAACUUUGUAAAUUAAUAUGAAUUUCAUGAAAAGAAUUUUGAAUUUUUAGUUGAAUAAAUAAAUUUUAUUAAUUAAGCAUCAUCCAAUAAAAUUUAAUUAAAAUUAGCUUAAUUGAAUGAGGAAUAUAGAAAAAUAAUAACAUAAACAAAAGACUCUUUUAUGAAAAUUAUAAACAUUUCAUAACAUAAAAUUUCUCUCAAACCCAUUAACAAUCAAUUAAAAUAAUCAGAUGACUGUUUUACGAUUGCCUUUAACUAUACUGGAUAAAUCAUGAUUUCUGGAUGUGGUAAGGAUAUAAAAGUAUGGAAUUUUUAAAAUGGUUAAAUUUAAGAAGUUUAAAAAUUGUAAGUUCAUUAAAGCACCAUAAGUUGUUUACUUUUUAGUAAAAAUUAAAAUAGUUUCAUUUCUGGAGCUUAUGAUCACACAAUCAGAUGUUGGUUGUAAAUAAAUGGAUAACAAUGGAAGAGUUCAUAGAAAUAUGAAGAACACUCAAGCGAUAUUCAAUGUUUAUUAUUAUGUAAAAAAGAGAAAACUUUAUUUUCUGGAAGUUGUGAUAAAUCUAUUAAAAUAUGGAUAGUUGAUUUUGCUAACAAUAAUCUUUAAUACUGCUAUUCAUUAGAGAAACAUACACAUAUUGUUUACGGAUUAACAUUAAAUGAAUCAGAGACGUUCUUAGUUUCUUGUGGGGAUGAUUAAUAAAUAAUAAUUUGGAAGAAAUCAAAUAAUAAUAAAUGGGAGUUUUAUCAAUUAGUUAAUCAAUCAAUUAGGGAAGUAGGAGCCGUAACCAGCUUUAUUAAAGAGAACCUAUUUAUUUGGAUUGGUGGAGUUUAAAAUGGAAAAGAUUGUGUUAGUUAUUUUGAAUUGAUUAAAGGAUGUAUUGUAGAAUAAAAAAAUAAAGAAUAACAAUUAAUACUUUCCCCUGAAGUCUUUAAUUAUUCUUUAUUUCCUAUUGUUUUUAACAAAGAAAAGUAAAUUAUAUUAUUUAGACAUAAAUUUCAUAUUUAUUUACUCACAAAACAAAUUUCUGGUAAAUAUCGAAUAUCAACAAAAAUUAAAUUUGAGAGUAAUGAAAUCUGGGGAAGUAUGACGAAUGAUGCAAAAUUUUUAGUUUUAUGGGAAAAGAAAUAAUGUCGUUUUUUAAUUUAUUAAAUUGAGUAUCAGACAAUAUGA